AUGUCUAAAUUAGCAAAUCUCGAUUUCCCUGCUUUGAAAAGCAAUGGUGAAAAUUUCCUUGAUUGGGCACUUGAUGCAAGGAUCAUGCUACAAUCAAAGGGACUUGGUGAUACGAUCAUAAGUGACAAUAAGUCCAGUGAUAAAGAUCGAUACAGUGCUAUUUACAUAAUACGCCAUCAUCUCCAAGAGAGUUUGAAAACUCAGUACAGAACCAUGGAAAAUCCAUUGGACCUUUGGAACGCUUUACAGCGACGUUAUGACCACCAGAAAACGGUGAUGCUCCCAAGGGCUCAAUAUGACUGGAAACACUUAAGAUUCCAGGACUAUAAAACAGUAGACGAGUACAACUCGGUCUUGUUCAAAAUUGUUUCCAUGAUGGAAUUAUGUGGUGAAAAAGUUACUGAGCUCGAGAUGCUUAAUAAGACUUUCUCGACGAUGCAUUCCAGUAACAUGGUACUGCAACAGCAAUACAGAGAAAGAAAGUUCGCCACAUACACUGAGUUGAUCGAAUGUCUUUUGUUGGCUGAAGCCAAUAAUGAACUGUUAAUGAAAAACAGUGAGAUGAGGCCUCCGGGAACGGCUCCAUUACCUGACAUCUCUAAACUUGCUAUAGAGCAAAAGAAAGAGAGUAACCUUGUCCACCAUAAUAACCAACCCGGCUCAUUCCGUGGUAGAGGUAGGGGACGAGGUGGCACGUUGAUACACUAA